UGUUACUGUCAGCCAGUGACAUAUGUCAACAGUCAGCUGGCUCUGGCUGUCAUUCUGACAGCUAUUAGUCAAACUUUUACGAAGCAAUUUAUCAAACAAAACAAAAGUUUAAACCGAGAUAAAGUGUUCACUCGAUGUAAUACAUGUUUUCUUACAGGAAUUUGCGGCCUGCUUUUCAGAAAAGCAAGUUUUUGUUAUCACAUCAAGGGAAACAGCCUGUCGCCAACAUGACCGAGUCUUCCAACAAGUUCAAGCUGCCUGCUCGUUACGGGGCCGGCGAAAAAAGUGUUUGGGUAGAAUACAUCCAACUGAAUGCAGAAUACAAGCCUCAGGUGAACCUGGGCCAGGGGUUCCCUGACUUCCAUGCGCCAGACCAUGUGAGGAAGGCCCUCGCUGACGUCACCACCGGACCAGACCCUCUGCUCAACCAGUACACCAGGGGCUUUGGACACCCAUCUCUAGUGAAGAACCUGUCCCGCCUGUACUCCCCGCUGUUCGGGAGAGAGAUCGACCCCAUGAACGAGGUGCUGGUCACCUGCGGGGCUUACGAAGCUCUGUACUCCGCUAUAUUGGGUCACGUGGACUGCGGCGACGAGGUGGUGGUGAUCGAGCCGUUCUUCGACUGCUACGACUUCAUGAUCCGCAUGGCGGGCGGCGUGCCCCGGUUCAUCGCUUUGAAGCCGAGACCGAAUGCAGGCCAGAACAUGUCAUCAGCCGACUGGGUGAUAGACGAGGCGGAACUAGCUUCCCUCUUCAACAGCAAGACCAAGAUGAUAAUACUCAACACCCCGCACAAUCCCCUGGGGAAGGUAUUCACGGAAGCUGAACUGACCCUCAUUGCCGACUUGUGCAAGAAACACAAUGUGUUGUGCUUGUCGGAUGAGGUGUACGAGUGGAUGGUUUAUGCGCCUCAUAAGCAUAUAAGGAUUGCGACCCUCCCCGACAUGUGGCAACGCACCAUCACCGUCGGCUCGGCCGGCAAGUCCUUCUCAGUUACCGGCUGGAAGCUGGGCUGGGCGCUGGCCCCCGCGCCUCUCAUGCGCAACCUGCAGGUCGUGCAUCAGAACUGUGUUUAUACGUGUUGUACACCUGUGCAGGAAGCAGUAGCCCGCGCCAUAGACUUCGAACUGUCCCGGUGGGGCUCCCCGGACUGCUACUACGUGUCUCUAGCGCGCGAACUCGAAGCCAAGAGGGACCAACUGCUGAAGACGCUGCGGGACAACGGGUUCAAACCCACCACGCCAGACGGGUGCUAUUUUAUUGUCGCUGAUUGGACUGAUUUGGAGAACAAGAUCGACCUAUCCACGGAGCCCGACCAGUACAAAGACUACAAGUUCACUAAGAAGUUUGCCAAAGAAGCGAGUGUGCUCGCCAUCCCGCCCACGGCCUUCUACUCGCCCGAACACAAGCAUUUAGGGGAGAACUACGCACGGUUCUGCUUUAUCAAGAAGGAUGAAAAUCUCGCGCUGACUGAUAAACUUCUUCGGGAAUGGAACGCGGGGAAGAAAUGAUAAGUUUACGAUCUAUCCAAAAUUGUGAUAUCAAAAUAUUAGUGUUGCUGUUUAUAUUACUUGGUAAGAAAGUUUUUAUACCUGAGGCUACCUGUUUUUAAUUAGUAUAAAUAUAUAAGCAAAGCAUUUAGUUAAAAA